ACAGACUGCUGCAACAGAUGAGUCUCAGCCCAGAAACAGUACAAAGGUUAUUGCUAUUAAUACAUGUGAAAACACACAUACACAAACACAAAAUUGGUCUCAAAGCAUCAGAUUUCAAAUCAUUGUUAAGAUUCAAUUUGUGUCACUGGUUCUGUUAUCACUGAUCAGCUUAUUCAACCUCUGACUCUGCUGGCAAUGCUGACUAAAUGAUACAGAAACAUUGUGAUAUCCAUAUUAAAGCAAAGGAACCAAUGCCAUUGGUUCAAGCUCUCUGUAACUCUGCCGUCAUCUCAGUAGGAGCAAUGUGACACCUUCUAGGCCUUGGAGGCAUUCAAUAGGGCGACAACACGCUCAGUGUGUUGAGAGAGGGUGGUGCGUGAGUGACGGAAAAGAGCGAAGAAGACACAGUUACUGGAGAGAUUGUUCGGUCGGUGCAGGUGCUUUCUCCUGUAACCAUUGGACAUCGCUUGGAGUAACGCAGAGGUAUUGCAUUUCUGCAGAAGUGACUUGGAGGUGACAAGUUACAAUCAAAGCCGGAAAACAGGGAAAGAGACACGUGGGGAAACCAGCUCCACAAGGUCAGAUAGGACGAAAGCUCAACUCCCCUUUGGUUGCAUUGUUUAGUUUAACUCCUGCGUACCGGAGCUACUGGCUGAUACAAGCAGUACCGAGUCAGGAGGAGUGUACCGAAUUGAAGAAUUUCAUGAUGUUCCUUAACACAAUGCUGGUGGUCCUGACGGACCUGGCGGCUCGGCUCCUGGGUAACACUGCCUUCCGGAAGCACUUCCAUCUGUUUCUGUCAGCGGUGGUGAUGAUCGGCCCGGCGCUGAGCCUCUGGGUCUCCCAACACAGCAUCUUUGCCAAGAGAAGCCACUUCCUCUACAGGAUGUUCCUGCGAUCCGGUUGGGGCUGGACCUGCAUCUUUGUUGGCUCAUUCGUCUUCCUCCUCUCCUUCUCUGUCCACCGCUCCCUCUCUAUCUCCGUCCGUCACCUCUCGCGGCUAGCGGUGGCUGGAGGAUUGUGGUUUGGGUUCUGUAACCUCCUGGACCUACUGGAGAACACCACCGGAAGCUGCUAUGAGCCUUUAACCGCCGGCUUGGAGGUCGCCAACGGGCAGCCCCUGUUGGUGCUGCGAGAAGGGGAGAGUAAGUCUGGGUGCCUCACAGCUGGGAUGCUGUGGAGGGGUUAUGAAGUUUCAGAAGACGUCUUCCUCCUCUGCCUCUGCUGCCUGCUGCUGGCUGAGGAAAUAGCCGUGUUUGGCCCUUAUCUGAGCCUGGGUGGGAUCUCAGGUGCCCCUCUAAGGAUCCUCUUCCUGUUCUGUGUCCUGCUGCUCUGGCUCUGGCUCUUUCUGCUUCUCUGUCUCUUAGCUUACUUCCCUCAGUUCCCCACUCAGCUAAUAGGAGGCGCUUUGGGGUGUCUGAGCUGGCGGGGACUCUACCAGGGCUGGUACCGCCAAGGGCCCAGCUGGUACUCCCCCGGGAGGCCUGGACUGGGACUGCUCAACACCAAGACCAGCAGUAGUGAAGCGCAGGUGGCCCAACGGAGCCAUGGUGACUGCAAUUAAGGGAAAUUUAACAAUGACCCAGAUGUAUAAAACAAUGAGCUGUAUGUGGUUGUUGGGAGAGGGCCUCUCCUUUUGUGUUUCAGAAGUCUCUGCAUACCUCUAUGUGUAUCAACCAUUUUUCCAAUGUUUGUGAAUGCAGCAGAUACAUGCCAGUUAUCAAAAAGCUCUGCGUUAUGAGCCAAUGGGCACAGCAAUUGGUUUGGAUGUCUUUGUGGUUGUUUUGCCCCUUUCUAAAAUACUUUUGUGUCUCUUUGAGGUAUCUGGACAGCCGUUUUGUCUCUUCGCAGUCUCCUUGUGUCUCUUUUUGGUUAUUUUAUGUUUCAAUGUUGUGGUGUUGGUCUCUUCCUGGUUGGUAAAUGAACCUCUGAGCAUCUUUUUGUAGAUGAAUGCCUCUGGGCCCGGCCCAAAGGUGCAAUAAGUAAUCCAUCCAUUUGAAGUAAACACAGUCAUUCUGGAGAAGGGUUGUCAUACAAGCUGGAAAUAUUUAAGAAACCUACUUCACUAAAACCGCUUGUUUAUAAUGCUUUAAAAAUGACUAACUGAAUUGUUUCUUAGGCCACGUGUCAUGCUAAUUAAAAACAAUAUCAAUCCAUUAUGAGUCAGUAAGUGGAGAGCUUGUGUGAUGAACCACUCUUGUUCUGUGAAGCUUUUAAACAAUGGAUCAGUAGAAUGGUCAACAGAUGUUAUGUAGGUAUUUCUCUAUUAGUGUCGUAGUUCACGCUUAAUAUAAUACACUGUGUAAAAGCAUCCAAACAAAAAGUGAAGAAGUUUGUUAAGUUUGGUUACAUUUUUUCUCUGUUGUUCAGGUGAAUCGCCGUGAUUUGUCUUCCAGGACUACAUGUGGGGAUUAAAAAUUCCACUUUCACUGGAUCUUGCUUCUGUUAGCCUGGUCUGGAGCAGGCUAGCUGCAAAGAAUAAAUCACCAUGGUUA